AUGCCUUUGAACACAAAUGUCGACUCUCAAGAAUCUCAGGAAUACGUGGAGAAAAGGAGAAGCGGGAAAUGUCCCAGAUGGAUUUUCAGGUCGAAAUCACGUGCCAUGCUCCGCAUCGGGAACGCGAACAAGGAAGCUCGACUUGACCGAGAAUCACACGGGAUUUGCCAUUGCAUUGCCGCAUCUAAGUGUACCCUCGAACUCAUCAACUGCGCCUCACUUAAGCCUUCGCCUAGCCUACCAUCUACUUCAGCGCCGUGCAAUACUCGACCGUGCACCAUAAGCGCGUAA